AUGGAGGGUGAAAUUAAAAAGUUCAUCAAAGUAUGGCUUUCAGCCAUCUUAGGUCUAUUCUAUUGCUAUUUCAUAUCUGCAAGAAUACCAAAGGGCUUCCUGAGACUUCUCUCCCUCACUCCCAUUCUUUACCUCUUCAUCACCCUUCCCUUCGACAUCUCUUCACCAAACCUAGUUGGGUACACUUCCUUCUUCCUUGUUUGGCUUGGCACUUUCAAGCUCCUCCUUUUCUCCUUCAACCAAGGCCCUCUUGCCCUAUCUCCUCCAAACAUUCUCCAUUUCAUCUCCAUCGCUUCCCUCCCCAUCACCCCUAAACAACAACCACCAACCAAACAACACAACACCACCAACAAACCCAAAUGGCUUUUGCCCCUAAAAGUGCUUAUUUUCGCAAUGAUCGCACGUGUUUAUGAUUACAAUGAACACUUGCACCCUUACUUUAUAUUAGUACUCUACUGUUGUCACUUGUACCUUGGCUUAGAGGUUGUGUUUGCCAUCGUUGCAAUCCCGGUUCGAACCAUUUUUGGCUUUGAGAUAGAAUCACAAUUUAACGAACCCUACCUUUCAACCUCUCUUCAAGACUUCUGGGGUCAUAGAUGGAACCUAAUGGUUUCUCGUAUUCUGCGUCCCACGGUAUAUGACCCUGUACGACGUAUAUCAACCAGUUUCAUGGAUCCUUCGUAUGCCAUGUUAGUCGCCAUGUUCGCCACAUUUUUUGUGUCCGGACUCAUGCAUGAGUUGAUUUAUUAUUACGUCAUUCGUGUGCCUCCUACGUGGGAAGUAACAUGUUUUUUUGCGCUUCAUGGUGUUUGCACAGCGGCGGAGGUGGCAGCAAAGAAGGUGGCUCUCCGUCACGGGUGGCGAUUCAACUGUGUGGUGUCAGGACUACUGGUGGUGGUGUUCUUGACUGUCACUGCGAAUUGGUUGUUUUUUCCUCAAUUGUUGAGGAAUGAUAUGGAUAGAAAGUCUUGUGAAGAGUAUGCUAUUCUGAUCGAUUUUGUUAAGUGUAGGUUACCAUUACAUGUUUUUAACUCUCAAAACUGA